GCUGUUAGAGGAAGCUGCCGAGAAGCGGGCUCUGUUCUGGGAGCUGCUUCUGUGAGAUGAAAGCCGUGAUUCUGGAAGAGGCGUUGUCGGCCUUAUUUAUUUACGCCGUGGAAAGAGGGUUUGUUCUGGAUGCGCUCUGGCGAACAAUGGCAGCAGUCCAGCAGCAAGCGGUAGAUAGACUGCUGCAAACUGAACGGCUGAGCCAACAAGUGGGCCUGCUGAGCUCAGCGCCUGCCGCUGGCCUGCAGCUGUGGGCUUCUGCCUGCUUUCCACAGCUCAAACGGGGCUUGGGUUUGUUUGCUCGGUUGGUUUUUUUGACAGUUUAAAUAAAACCGUUGGCUUUUGGGCUGGAAGGUGCUAUAUAAGGUGUAGUGUGCGUGGUGGAAGUGAUGGCCUGGUGGGCAGGGCUGGGAGUGAGGAGGCUGGUUAUCACCACGGCCUGCCGGUCACCUGUGGAGCCCUGAGCGGCUCCCUUAGCUCACAGCUGCUUCCCAUCUGUCAGCGAGUGGCAUUACAGUAUUUCUGUGCCUUGUGAAGGGUGGUGAGGGUAAAGCACAGGGAGAGGUUGUGUGGUGCUGUGAAGUGUGUGUUGAAGAGCUAAGAGAAACAACUGAAAAUGUCUCAGAAUCCCCACAAGCCGCAUUCAAGUGAAGAAAAGUUGAGUGCUUUGGAGGAUGACCAAGAGAGCUUGGACAACUCUAUCAGGAAGAGAAUACAGCAGAGUGUUCCAGGUUCACACAGAGAUGAUACACCAAAGUCUAGCCCUCCUCGGCCUGUGUCAGUAGAAGAGUUAAUGGAAACAGCUAAAGGAGUAACAAACAUGGCACUAGCACACGAAAUUGUUGUUAAUGGAGACUUCCAGAUCAAACCAGCUGAGCUACCAGAACACAGCUUGGAAAAAAAAGUAAGAGAGAUUGUGCACAAAGCUUUCUGGGAUUGUCUGGAAGCUCAACUGAAGGAAGAUCCACCGACGUAUGACCAUGCAAUUAAACUAUUGGGAGAAAUUAAAGAGAAUCUUCUGUCUUUUUUAUUGCCUGGUCAUACAAGAUUAAGAAACCAGAUUAUGGAAGUUCUUGAUCUGGAUUUGAUAAAACAGGAGGCCGAAAAUGGGGCUCUGGACAUUGCUAAGUUGGUAGAAUUUGUUAUUGGAAUGAUGGGGACUCUCUGUGCUCCAGCUCGAGAUGAAGAAAUUAAGAAACUGAAAGAUAUACAUGAAAUAGUUCCUCUCUUCAGAGCAAUUUUCUCUGUAUUAGACCUAAUGAAAAUGGAUAUGGCAAACUUCGCUGUCAGUAGUAUUAGGCCAAAAUUAAUGCAGCAGUCUGCUGAAUAUGAAAGAAAGAAGUUUCAGGAGUUUCUUGAGAAACAGCCAAAUUCUUUAGACCUCGUCACAGACUGGUUGCAAGAAGCAGCAGAUGAUCUUGCAAAGCUGAGAUAUAAAAAGUUACCUCCCCCCAGCAGUGCUGCUGGUGCUGCUGGCGGAGCUUCUGUAUUGUGCUCCACUGCCAUACAGAAUCAUGCAUAUCUGAAGCUGCUGAAGUGGGAUCACGCGAACAGGCCUUUCCCAGAAACAGUGCUCAUGGACCAGAGCCGCUUUCAGGAAAUACAGCUGGAACUGGAGCAGCUCCUCGUGGCUGGGACUGUCCUUUUGGUCACGUUCAGCGCAGCAGGUGCAGCUCUCAUUGAUGUGCCUGGAUUUGCUGAGAAAAUCAAAACCAUUGUCAAGGUGCUGCUGACAGGAAUGCAUCUUCCCUCCUUUAACCUGAAGGAGUCUUUGGCUACCAUUGGUGAAAAGGUGUGUGCUGAAGUCAACAGCUGCCUUUCCCAGCAUGGCUUUGCACCGUUCACAGCUGAGAGAGAGACUGUGUUGAAAGGACAGAUCCAAGCAGUGGCCAACCCUGAUAACACCAUCUGUAAACUAAUAGAUUCUCGAAUUCAAAAGUUUCUGGAGAAUUAUCUUGCAUCUAGUCACCAGAAAGUGGUACCGACUGUUCCUGGAGGAUUGGGCCCUAUUCAGAGAGAGCUGGAAGAGAUUGCUGUCAAGUUCGUUCGUCUUGUCAACUACAACAAAAUAGUCUUCAGUCCUUACUAUGAUGCUGUUCUUGGCAAAAUACUGACUAAGGAAGAACCCCAACUUGUAGGGAAGCCAGAAGAAUUGUGAACACAGCUUAUGUGUACCAAUGCAGUAUUAAUUUUGUCAGCUAUUUUGAAAAAUUGCACCAAUAUUUGUCUAGGAAAACAGCUCUACGUGUAAACACUUUCCUUUUAAAUCACCAGUGCUGACCGAUGAGGAAAAUGCAUGAAUUACACUAGGGGUUCUGAGAUAAGUGAUGAAGGAGAGAUACAUUUUUAAUGUAAGUAUGCAACUUUUGUGAGGGAGUGUCGUGGUAGUUUUCUGGCUGCAAUUUUUAGAUUUCCAGGCAGGUGCUAUGUGGGAAGAGUUGAACAACCAGACUUUGUUUUAAAGCUCAUUUUAGGGCUUUUUAUUCUCAUUUAUCACAAAUUUGGUUUUGUUCAUCCACGGCAGGUUAGCAUUGGUCCCUCCCUGCCAGGGUUAUUGUGGCUUUAAAAAGGUCUUACUUUAAAGACUUAAGCAAGCUAAAACUCUGAGUAAGAGAAACUUUAACAGGCAAAAAACAAAGCCAAACAGCACUUUACUGUAACAUUAUGGUUAGUGUGGUAGGCUACUAGGUUUUUCUUUCAGCAUUUUUCUGCAUUUUAAUAGCAUUUUUUUGCUGUUUACCUGCAGAUGUUACAAAAACACAAUAUAUAUUUUUGUAGCAAAUUUUCCGGUUAUUGGGUAACUGUCCUCUGCUUUGUACAGUACUUAACAAGGUGGCAAUCUUAUAGAUUGCAGCUGUAUUUAUCUCCUGUAAAGACUUCAGAAAGGCAGAGUUGAAAUGUUUUGAUAAAAGUGGCGUUUCUUACCAUUUUUUUUGCUAGUAGUUUACUCCUUUUUAUGUGAAAUACUAAUUUUGAAGUAAAUCUGUGUCAUUUACAGAAGGUGGAUUUUAAGUGUGUUAAACUUUAGGCUGAAACUUCUACUUGUUUUUUAAAACUAUAACUUGAGAUGGCUGCGUUUUCAAUCGUCUUCUAAGACAUCCAGGAAGUGCAGAGCACUAUCAGAAGUGUAAGUGAAUUUAAAUUAGAGUGGGAAGUGCAUUAUUUAAUAUUAGUUUGAAUACGCAAGGAAUAUUUUCAAUAGAAGAUUUUUUUUUUUUUUAUAUUACAGAGGUGAUCUUAAAUAUUUAAGGUCUUGAAUUUUGUUAGUUAUGUGUUGUAUAGAUGAGUGUUCACAGAAGAGCUCAGUGAUCUUACAGCCUUAUUGCAGUUUUAAACUCAGCUAGGAGGUAAGUGCAGUUCAGGUUUUCCUCUAGCUCUUGAGCGUAGUGCUGCAUUACAGUAAUCAAAAUGUGAUGAAUUCAUGAAAACAGAGUUCAUAAUUACAAACAGUAAGCAUCUCAAACACGAGACUGUAUCAAAACCAAAAUGUUGUCUUCUCAAAAAAACAAAACCAAACCAGUUAUGUAAAAUGAAUAAAUGGUCCUUUUAUUGCUGACAUCCAGGUUCAUUUUAUUCAUCAACUAGUCAACCAAUGUAACAGCCCAUCUAGAAGAAAGUGCUUGAUUAUGAAUCAGCGUUGAUGUUUCUUUUCUGGCUUUCUUUUAAAUGUCAGCAGGGACAUUCUUAGCUGCUUUGAGUUUGGAGGCAGGUGGGCUAAGCAGGAGCUUUUGUUCUGUAUUCACCUGUGCAACUAUAAUGUUUAUUUUUUUUCUCUUUCAUUAUAACCCUGCAUUUCCCAAGGGGGAGAAAAAAAAAAACAACAGAACUCUGUUGUAAGAGAUCACAGCUCAAACAGGUGAUAACUUUUCCCUUGGCUGAGUUUACUCAGAUAGCAGUGUGGAUGGCUGUCUUUGCAUAUGUCUUUGGUAACUCAAAAAGGAGAAGGUUAGUUAGCCAGCAAAAUGUGGAGUGGGUUUUUGGUAUGGUCAAAGGAUAUUACAGAGAUCUUCAAGGUUUCUGCAUCUGCGUACUGUACUUUGCUAUCAGUGGAGAAUCCAUCUUGAAAUACAGUCUCUAGCUCUGCAGCUCCAAAAAAUUAAUUCAGUAGCCUGGGUAAAAAAGGAGCUACCCAAAACAUUAUGUAUGCAGUUAAAAAAAAAAAAAAUACAAAGCAGAAAACCCUGUUUUCCUUCUUGUAAUGGAGAGUUGCUGAAGUUUAGAAAUUGCUGCUGUUAUUUUACAUUUUACUAUUCCCUAGAGGCUGCUUUUAAAGGCCCCCCCAAACUAAGCAGAGGAGAAGUUGUUGGAUGGAUGUUGUAAGGUGCUGGUCUCAGGGAUGUGGGGAGGAACAGCACAGUUAGAACAGCAUAUGAGAAGUAUGUGACUGACGGCAGAAUGAGUGGGACUGAGUUAUGGACAGAUAUAAUGGUACUUACUUGAGUGCUCUCAGUCCGUGACUGCCAACUCCAGCUUGCUGUGACAUGAAAGCACGGAUUGCGCUCGUGCAUGUGUUCUCUGCAUUGUCUUUAAAAGCAAUAGGCAGGUGUAAUUAAGUGACAAAGCAAAAAAGAAAUGCUAGGAUUGAUAAGGCUGCUGUACCUUACCUCUAUGUCAGUAUUUAUAUGGGUAUACACGCACUGUUCCAUCUUUGCUCCUACCAGACUAAAGUGACCUACAGUUAUCUCUACUGCUGGUGGUGGGAAUGUCCUUCAGCUUGUCUGAAUACCUUAAUUCCCUGUCCAUCAUGGGCAUUCUUACUGUUGCAGGAGAGCACAAUCCUGAAUAGUCGAUUACAAGUUCAAAUCUAAAGUAUAUAUAGUAACUGCUUCAAAAGUUCAUAUGGCUUUUUUUUUUGUUGUUGUUAGCUUGUUUGAAAAUAACCAGUUAACCUCAGUAGCUAAUAUACUAACAUUUAGCUCUGUAGACUAUUGAGUGGAAGACUAAUGCAGGUGUCCAGGAACAGACUGCAGUGGCUAGUAUUCCUGGCCAGCCAACAUUACAGACCGGUACCUAGUCUGUCUUACACUGGUGUCUUCUUUAAACAGUCAUGGAAUUCAAAGUAAAGGUAUACUGUUUCCUCUAGAAAAACUGAAAAGAAAAGAAAGCUAAUUCCUGUAUGUACGCUCUGAUCAAUUUCCUGUGAUGGUUUUAAUUCUUGGUAACAUUGCUUUCAAAGUUGCUGAGUAAUAUUUAAAAAGUAAUUUGUUGUGUUUGAAUAAAAGUAGAACGAGGCAUGA